CGGCAACUAUAUUUUUAAAACAGCUGUGUGUCAUUUUGAAAAUGAUUUUGCGCGGAAAUUGCCGGUGUUAAGUUGUACAAAUUUGUGGCUAUUUACUUAUUAGAGUAACUUAAAUUUUAUAACACACGGCAUUACACAGAUUAAAAUGCAGCGAGAUAUAAGAACGUUCUUAAAAAACACUGCUACGCAAAAGAAAGUUGAACCGUCGUAUGACGAUGAUGAUUUACGGAAUAAAGUACGCAAAAAGCGCACUGCUCGAGUUAUAUCAAGCGACGAAGAUGAAAUACUAGAAAGUCCCCAAGCUAAAGGGAAAACUCCGGCAAAGAAAAAGCGAACAGAUAAGUCACCUCAUGCUAUACAAACACAGAACAAUAAGAAGCCAUCAUUGUCCAAGCUGAAAAGUUCGCCUUCAAAGAAACUGAAACCAGUCGAUCCUACUGCACUUUUCGGUGGUGAAACCUUACGUAUAGAGGCCAAGAAACCACCACCACCAAAAAUAGCAGCUGUAAUCGAAUUGGAAGAUGAUGAAAUCGAUAAGAGCCUUAUGGAAGUAGACGUAGAUGAGAGUAUACGAGCAGAAAACGACAAAUUAGGUGAAAAGCGAGGAGUGCGACGCUCAAAGUCGAAAACGCCGCGAAAGAGUCCUCAUAAGGACAAGCAUACACCAACCAAGUUGGAAAAAUCAAUAGAUACAGACACACCAAAAAAAAUCAAACAAGAAAAAGAAUAUUCUGUUGUUGAUAAAGGGAAAAAAGAGAAGAUCACAACACCUAAACCGGAGAACAAAAAGGAAAAAGGUACACCCAAGGUUAAAAAACAACUUCGUGAGGAUUUGGAAAGCAGUGUGCUCUCUGAUGAAGAACGCCAUGAACGCAAACGCAUGUCAGCCAUACUCUACCAGAAGUAUAAAAACAGAGCUAGUGUUAUUAAUCCGGGCUCUAAAGAAGUUCCAAAGGGCAAACCUAAUUGCUUAGCCGGACUAACAUUUUUAGUAACCGGAAUCUUAGAAUCACUUGAACGCGACGAGGCAGCGUCAAUAAUUAAAGAGUUGGGCGGUAAAGUGAUGACAACCGUAGGUAAAAGGCUAAACUAUUUAAUUGUUGGAGAGGAAGCGGGCCCCAAAAAAUUGGCACAAGCCGAAGAAUUCGGUGUAAAUGUCAUAAGUGAGGAUGGCUUAUUAGAUCUUAUACGUGAAAAAUCCGGAGACCUAUCAAAGCAAUCUGUCAAAGAAGAGACAAAGCUCAUAAGUCCUAAGAAAGUAAAGAAAUCAGUUAAAGAGAAAAAGGAUAUUAAACAUAUCGAAAAAGUAAAACACGAAAGUUCCAAGAAAGAGAAAAAGAAUAGUGAUGAAAAACUUAAAAUUCAUUCUCCAAAAAAAGGAAUUAAAGAGGAGAAAUCUCCUACUAAAGAUAAUAAAAUUGCAGUAAAAGCGGAGAAAAUCGAAACUGCAGCAGUCAAUAAUGGUGUAAGCGAAGGCAAUGUCGUAACAAAAAAGGAAAUUGAUGAUACUAUGCUGCCCUGGGUCGACAAAUAUAAGCCAACAAGUGUCAAGGAAAUAGUUGGGCAAUUCGGACCGACAAGUAAUGUUUCAAAAUUAACAAAUUGGCUCUCCAAAUGGUACAUCAACCAUGAUGGCAAAAAAAAGCUACUAAAGCCAAAUCCUUGGGCUAAAAAUGAUGAUGGUAGCUUUUAUAAAGCAGCAUUGCUAUCAGGACCGCCGGGUAUUGGUAAAACCACCACAGCUACGCUGGUUUGUAAAGAAUUGGGUUUCGACACAGUCGAGUUCAAUGCAUCAGAUACUCGUAGCAAGCGACUUCUUAAGGAAGAAGUAGCAGAGCUUUUGUCCAACAAAUCGCUUUUUGGAUAUUUUCAUGGACAAGGCAAAACGGUCACAAAAAAGCAUGUACUUUUAAUGGAUGAAGUUGAUGGAAUGGCUGGUAAUGAAGAUCGCGGUGGCAUACAGGAGUUAAUUGCUCUCAUUAAAGAAUCCUCAGUGCCAAUUAUAUGCAUGUGUAAUGAUCGUAACCAUCAGAAAAUGCGUUCACUCGUUAACUAUUGCUACGAUUUGCGUUUCAAUAAACCACGUACGCAACAGAUCAAGGGACGUAUUUUAAGUAUUUGCUGCAAAGAAGGGUUUAAAAUUGACAGCGAUAAGGUGGAUGAAAUAAUUGAAGCGACCAAUAAUGAUAUACGUCAGUCGAUAAAUCACAUUUCGCUAUUAAGUGCAGGCAAAUAUCUAAAACUACCAACUAGCGAUAAAGGAACUAAUAAAACCGCUGAGAAAGACUUGAAAAUGGGUCCAUGGGAGGUGGUGCGUAAAGUAUUCUCUGCUGAAGAACACAAACAUAUGACAUUGAAUGACAAAUGUGAUUUAUUCUUUCAAGAUUACAGUAUGGGACCAUUAUUUGUUCAACAAAAUUACUUACAAGUUUCGCCCACCGGUUCCAAAUCGGAUAUUCCAUCCAAGGUAGCCAGCACAGCAGAUGCACUAAGUUUGGGUGAUUUAGUGGACAAACGCAUACGUUCCAAUUCCGCUUGGUCGCUACUGCCAACUCAAGCCAUCUUCAGUUCCGUACUACCAGGAGAGUAUAUGAGUGGACACUUCACCGGACAAAUAAAUUUUCCUGGUUGGCUAGGCAAAUAUUCGCGAUCGAACAAACGUAGUCGUCUAGCUCAAGAGAUUCAUGAUCACACACGUUUACGAACAUCUGCAUCACGUCAGUCCAUACGUCUGGACUAUGCACCUUUUCUGUUGGCGAAAAUCGUACGCCCACUUAAAGAGUUGGGAAUGGAAGGUGUAGAGCAGUCACUGGAAAUACUUAAAGAAUAUCAUUUGCUGCGAGAAGAUAUUGACUCGCUAGUCGAACUUGCAAUGUGGCCAGGCAAAAAGAGUUUAUUGGAUGAAGUAGAUGGUCGUGUGAAGGCCGCGUUGACGCGCACUUACAAUAAAGAAGUACUUGCAUACUCCUAUUCAGUACAUGCUGGUGUAAAGAAGAAGAAAUCUGAAGCAACCGAGGAAACCGGGUUGUAUGGCAUGGAAGGGGAAGAUGGUGGAGAUGCACCACUUUCAGAUGAGGAAGAGGACAAAAUAGAGAAUGAUGGCUUGAUUAAGGCAAAAAAGAGUUCAGCCACAACUUCGUCAAAAGCCAAGCCGGGCUCAAAGGCUAAAGCGACCAGCAGCAGUGCAGCAAGUAAGAAGUCGACAGGCAAAUCAUCAACUUCUAAGGCAAAGAAAUAAUCAGGAUGCAUUUGUUUUUUCAAAUCACAAUUUAGUUUACUGUGUUCUUAACUAUGAAUAAUACAAAUAAUUCCUUUACUAUGUAUUUUUGGCAGUUUAUUCGAAUAAAUACAUACAUACAUCAUUUAUUUAUAUUAAAUAA